UGGUUAAAUGUCGUGACACAGUGGGAAUUCCAUUUAGUAAAAUAUAACCAAAAUUAAAUAUUAUAUGCCGAUAAUAAAAAGUAGCGAAGUAAUUUGUGUGUUGUUCUCUUUUAAGUUAAAUAAUAAUAAAUAUAUUUGAAUACUAUGACUUCAUCGAUUAAUGUCAGAAAUGUUAAAUACAUUUAUCAAUUACCAGCUUUAGAACGAUUAGAAAUUUGUAAAAUAUUAGAUAAAGAUGAUAAGUGGGAAGAACUUGCGGGUAAAUGGAUGCAGUAUGAUAUAUCUGUUAUUUAUAGUUUACGAAAACAAAAAAGUCCUACGGAAGAGUUAUUAAAUAAUUGGGGCCUUCAAAAUCAUACCAUUUUAGAACUGUUUAUUUUGUUAUCAAAAAUGAAACAUUAUGAAUCAAUGGUGUUUUUAAAGUCAUUUGUAGAUACAAAAUUACAUUGCUUAUUAAAUAAUGACAAUAAGAAUCCUUUGAGGAUAUCUAAUAAUCAACAGGUUAAUAAACAUGCUAAAGAUUUAAAGAUUGGUACACAGAAUUUUAAUCAAAGAAUUUCAACUAGACCGGAUGCUAGAAAAGUGAUUCUAGAUGGAAAUACCAAAGAAGCAUCUUACAAAAUAAUAAAUCAAUCUUCGGAUGAUCUACAGUCUGUAGUUGCAUCAAGUAAUUCAAAUAAUUUACUUGUACCUUCCUUAGCACAUCGUUUAUCACUUUUACAACAGGAUAAAACUAAUUCCAAAAAAUCUCAGUUUCCUAUACUAAAGCCUGAAGCAACUUUACCAAGUGUUUCAUAUAACGAACUUGAAAUUGCUACAAAUGGUUGGUUAAAACAUAAUAUAUUGGGAAAAGGCGGUUUUGGAACAGUUUAUAGAGGUACAUGGAAAAAUACAAAUGUAGCUAUUAAAAGACUCGAAUACAAAAAGACAAAUUCUGAUGAAAGUUAUUUAGUUCAACUUCAACAAUCACUCAAAGAGAUAGAAAUAUUAAAUUCUUAUCCGCAUGAAAAUAUUUUGUCGUUAUAUGCGUAUAAUUUAGAUGGGCAAGUACCUUGUCUUGUGUAUCAAUUGAUGCAAAAUGGUUCCUUAGAAGAUAACUUACUUUUAAAACAUAAAAGUCGACCAUUGUCAUGGCUGCAACGUCAUGAAAUUGCAAAAGGCACUGCACGUGGUUUACAAUAUUUACAUACUAUUGGAGAAAAACCUUUAAUUCACGGCGAUAUUAAAAGUGCAAAUAUUUUGCUAGAUAAAAAUUUGGAACCUAAAAUCGGAGAUUUUGGUUUGGCAAGAGAGGGUGAAAAGGAUUCUAUGAAAGUGAGUAGAAUUCAUGGUACAAGACCAUAUCUGCCAGAUGAUUUCUUAUAUGGAAGACAAUUAUCUACGAAAAUAGAUACAUACAGUUAUGGAAUCGUAUUGUUUGAAUUAGCUACAGGAUUUCCGCCUUAUGAUGAUAAUAGACCACAAAAAAAAUUUUUAAAAGAAUUUAUAGAUAGUGUUGAAGAUCAAUAUUUGCAUUUAUUGAUUGAUAAGAAAGCAGGAGAAAAAGAUAAACAAGUAUAUAGCAACUUCAUAGUAUUAGGAAAAUGGUGUUCUAAUCGCAUGGCUCAAAACAGGCCUGAAAUGGAACUUGUGUUUCGCAAAAUAGAUGGUUUAUGACAUUGUUUUAGAUUUCUAUUGUUGAUAAUGAGACUCAUAAGUAUACAGAUAUUAUUAAGUGUAUAUUUUAUAACUAUUAAGCGUUAAAAGAUGUUUAGUUAUGUGAUCGAAAUGAUACAAUAUAUAUAAAUAAUAUAAGAAACAGAUAUAU